CACACAGCGCCACGUUUGCAUCGAGUCACCAUUAUUAUUUCUAUAUAUAGUUGAAAUUGAAGUCAAUGUGUGAUGACUCCGUUCCAGACUACUACGAAUGCACACUCGGUGAACCUGUGGGUUCGACGAAGCUUAUCUAUAUCUGAAGGGACGAGACGACCACAAUUAAUCAGAUAUGGUUGCUCUGCUGACAAUGUCCUUAAUCUCUUUAUCUACUUCUUCUUCUAGUUCUUGUUCCCUCUCUCGGUCGCUAAACCCUCCACCAAUACUUCAAUUCCCAGUUGCUUCCUCUCCACCUUUUCACCUCCAUGGAUGGUUUUCUAUUGUCAACUUCCCCAAAACAAAGAACACUGAACACAGACCACUAUUAGCCUUAGUGGGUCUCCGAAAUUUCAAGCACAUGCUUAUCCAAUGCAACACUAUUAGCAGAACCACCAACCUCUUCACUGAUAUAGAUGUAAUGUUGUUCUCACUCUUCCAAGAAAUUGGAAUUGAUGAGAGUGAGACUGAGCUGCUUUUGGACAACUACCCAGUUCUCAAAUUCACACCUUUUGAGUCCAUAUGCAACCGGGUUUCAUCUCUGCAGUCCCUUGGAAUCAAUGGCCUUGCGCUUUGUAAAUUGAUUACGAAACGCCCAGAUGUAUUAAUAGCUAAAGAAAUUGACUCAUUGACAUGUGUUUUUCGUGAUGAUUUAGAAGGAAAGAUUGAACCUUCCCAGCUCGAACGUCUGUUCAUGAUGACAGAACCCAGAUUUUUUUUGGGUUUUGAGAAAAAAAUUGGGUUGCUUCUUCAUCAUGGAAUUUCCCAAGAAAAGCUUGUCCAUGUUCUUAACAAUGUCAUUCUUAACAAGGCCGUGUGUCUCAAGUCAAUUGAAGAAAUUGAUAGAACAAUUGCUUACUUGAACCGUUUUGGCGGUGUGGACUUGAUUGUUAGACGCCCGGCUAUUCUCAAUUAUGAUCUGGAAAGUCAGCUGAUGCCAAGAAUUGGGUAUAUCAAAGACCUUAGUGGGGGAGAUGAAGUGUCCACGGCGACUGUGUUGCGGAAACUCCCAGCAAUUUUAGCUUACAGAAGAGAACAUUUGAAAGAUCAUGUAGACCUGUUUCGUUCAUUUGCUGGCCUAAGUGAUCAAGAAAUAUUUAGGAUUGUUCUUGUGUAUCCGAAUGUGUUUAGUGCUAGCAGGAAGCGAAAAUUGCAGCCGAGAAUAGAGUUUCUGAAGCAAUGUGGGUUGGAUUCUAAUGAUAUCUUUAGACUCUUGAUCAAAGCCCCUCUUUUUCUAAGCCUGUCCUUCGAGGACAACCUUGCAUACAAGCUGGUCUUCAUGGUGAAGAUUGGGUAUGAAAACAGAACGAAGGAAUUGGCAAUGGCAAUGGGAGCGGCGACCAGAACCAGCUGCAAGAAUUUGCAGCUGGUGGUUGGAGUGUUCUUGAACUAUGGAUUAUCUUGCGAUGACAUUCUUGCCAUGAGCAAGAAGCAUCCUCAGAUUCUGCAGUACAAUCAUGAAUCUUUGGAGGAGAAGAUGGACUAUUUGAUUGAGGAGAUGGGUCGUGAAGUCGGAGAGCUGUUGGCUUUUCCUGCAUUUCUUGGUUACAAGCUGGAUAGCAGGAUUAAACAUAGGUAUGAAGCAAAGAAACAUGUUCUGGGGGAGGGAAUGUCCCUCAACAAACUCUUGAGUGUUUCUGCUAAAAGAUUUUCAAUGAAGAAAAAGAAGAAUCCAGUGCUUAUGAUUGACAAUCUGAAUAGAAAUGACGAAUAGAUGAAAUGACAGAGUUGUGUUUUCCCGUGUUAAUGGUUAAUAUAAUAAUGGCGCCAUUUUAUUACAUGUGCGUUGCUUAAGAGACUUGCUUGAAGCUUUCGCUCUCCAAUUCAGAUGCACAGGGUUUCAAUUCUCCUCCAUUAGCUGGAUAGGGAACACUUAACAAUGAUGAUCAUUGUGUUCUUAAAAUAGAGAAACGAAUGAUUUCCUGAGACACAGUGUGUUCUUGGAAAAGAUUGGAGGUGGUGUGGCAUAAAAUCACUCAGGUAUCAUCUGUGUAGCUUGUUCAAAUUCAUUUCAAGGGGGAAACUGAUUUUUGGUGUAGUUAGUGUUGGGGCGUAUGGUAGCUCAAAAACCAUUAGAGCGUGCCUCUUUACUGCGAUGUCAUGUGGCAACCAAAAGGCAACAUGGGCCUUGAGGGAUUGCUUAACAAGCCUCAUAUAUAUUGGCACAGAUUACCAUUCGGUUGUAUGUAUAGUGUCUUGUGAGAUUUCUGAAGAAUGGCAGACUGGACUCGCACCUUAGGGCUUAUUUUGGUUGUUCAAAAUCUAUUUUUUGAAGAUUAUUUUAUCUUGUCUACAACUACCAUUUGAUUGGUUGUGAUUUGCGAUGAGGUUGUGUUGUUUCAAUUGUAGGAGGUAAAACUUUUACUUUUCUCAAAGAUUGUAAUGCCUCAAGUUUUUACAUAAACUUGACAUUCCUCAUUUUUUAAGAAAGUGAAUUUUACUUGGGUUGCACCAUUGAUUUA